ACAGGGAUCAAGUGGCAGAAAUGCGUGAAAAUCCACAGGUGAAAAACUGAUCUGCUGAUUUGAUUCAUUCCAGCUGUGAUUUCUCGCAUCAGAUUCGGUAAACAGAAGCUGGUAAGGUAACAGAGAGGUACUGAAGGAUAUGGCCAUAAUCUGGAUAUCGUUACUCUUGCAAGUAGCAUUUGUUAUUGGAUCAAAUUAUAGAUAUGUGGAACACGAUCGGGACCUAAAAGCGAAGCUAACCAGUUAUAAUACGAAGAAUAACCAGCAAGCGCAUCUCCGGAAGCCCCAUUCAGGUUUAGCGCAGAAGAUCGAGGAGCAGGUACCCAGAGUGGUGACUGCGUUUCUGCACACGGGGGAUUCCUCCACCUUAGAACACGCCAAUUGCUCCAGGAGAUAUGAGCUGGCGUUGUUGCGGGGAAGGACGCACGGAGACGCGCAUCACUCCAUGCGCAGCGUGCUGGACACGGUCCUUCACGCCACGAACUUCCUAAACAUGAUCCUACAAGCCAACAGGUCCAGAGACCAGAGCCCCAGACGUGACAUGGAGUGGUACCAGGCUCUGGUCAGGAGUAUUCUGGUUGGAGACCUCAAGAUCCAUCGAUCCAUGGUCACCGUGGGCGCAGAGUCCGUACCCGAAGGUCCAUCUGUUUACCUCCAGGCCACACGAGCAGGUGGAGAGAUCAUCCUCCAGGAUUUAUCCAGCAAUGCCCACCGUAUGUUAAAAAACAGAACGGCAGAUACCGAGUGGUACCAUGAGCAUAAAAAUAAAAAGAAGACCCAGCUCCAAAAGCGUGUGCUGAGUCAAGAUUUUGCCUCUUAUGACGCGUCUGUGCGCAACGGAGAAAGUUAUAUUACCGACAAAACUCAGAUUCAUUGGUCAGCUCCGUAUCUGGAAUGUGCAAAUGGAAAUUUCAUUCCCAGAUGGCUCUUAACAUUGUCUGCUGGCUUCUAUGGCCUCAAACCCAACCGGAGUCCUGACUUCAGGGGUGUUGUUCGUGUGGAUGUCAGUCUGCAGGAUGUGGAUAUUGAUCAGUGCUCAGCAGAUGGCUGGUUUGCAGGAACCCACAGGUGUAACCUCACUACUAUGGAGUGUUUGCCAAUUCCUGGUCAUGGAUUUGUGCUGGAUAAGUACAGAUGCCACUGCAAAAGUGGCUUUUACCAUCCAAGCAGAGUUGCAGUCAACGGCAUUAAAAGUAACUCAGGUGGGAAGGGCAUGGAAGUGUUGCCAUAUCACAGGGAUGUUCCAGAAAGUUCCAGCCAGUGUCUUCCCUGCCAGGUGGGCUGCUCUUUCUGCAGAGACGACACGCCUUGCGUGGCCCGAGGCAACGGCCCCCUGCGUAUGGCUGUGCUCUCGUUCCAGGGCUUAUGCAUGUUGGUGGACUUCAUCAGUAUGGUGCUGCUGUAUCACUUCCGCAGGAACAAGAGUAUCAGAGCAUCAGGACUCAUUCUGUUGGAGGCGAUAAUGUUUGGAGCACUGCUACUUUACUUUCCGGUGGUGAUUUUGUACUUCCAGCCUAGUGUGUUCCGCUGUAUUCUACUGCGAUGGGUUCGUCUGCUUGGGUUUGCCACUGUCUAUGGAACGGUCAUUCUCAAACUCUACAGGGUUCUGAAGGUGUUCCUGUCACGCACAGCUCAACGGAUCCCCUACAUGACGAGCUGGAGAGUUCUGCGUCUGCUGUGUGUCAUCCUGCUCAUUGUGUUGUGGUUCGCAGUCGCCUGGACCUCUGCUGUUUGUCAGAACCCAAACAGACAUGUCGCUCUCAUCAGUGUGGGCUUCACCACAGACGGCCUGCAGUUCAGCAUGUGUCUGCUGGACCGCUGGGAUUACAUGAUAGCUGUGGCUGAAUUCCUCUUCCUGCUGUGGGGGGUGUAUCUGUGUUACGCUGUGAGGACUGUACCCUCUGCCUUCCAUGAGCCACGCUACAUGGCCAUCGCAGUGCACAAUGAACUCAUCCUCUCUGCAAUAUUCCACACUAUAAGGUUUACCCUUGCAUCUGAACUGCACCCGGACUGGAUGUUGAUGCUAUUUUUUGCUCAUACACACCUGACAGUCACUGUCACUUUGGGGUUACUGCUUGUGCCAAAGUUCUUGUUUGCGGGGACACAUAUAAGAGAUGACAUUGCUACAGAGGCUUAUGAAGAUGAAUUGGACAUGGGACGGUCGGGGUCAUACCUGAAUAGCAGCAUCACGUCUGCCUGGAGUGAGCACAGUCUGGAUCCAGAGGACAUCCGGACACCAGAGGAAAUGGGCCAGCUAAGUUCUAGUUAUGGCUGUGGCGUAAGGUCUUGCGACAGCCUUUGGGAAAAACUUACCAACGAAGAGCUGAAGAAACUCUAUUCCCAGUUGGAGAUCUAUAAAAGAAAAAAGAUGCUGGCCAACAAUCCUCACCUGCAGAAGAAGCGCAGCUCUAAGAAAGGCCUAGGCCGCUCCCUCAUGAAGCGCAUCACUGAGAUUCCAGAGACAAUGGGGCGCCAGUGCAGCCGCGAGGACAAGGACCUGGGUGACCAUGGGAGUAACCGAAACAGCAUCUGUGUCCUGAGAAAGAACCCUUUUGAACCCUCACACUCUGUGAAGACUGCCAAAGAUGAGUCCUUGAAGAGCAAAGUUUUCUCGCUUAAAAAAUCCCACAGCAGUUAUGAUCAUGUCCGUGACCAUAGUGAAGGUUCUAGUAGCUCAGUUACCGACAAGAUGGAAGUGGCACCCACAGAAGGCUCUCUCCUUGAAACCCUGAUGGGCAAGAAGCUAGUCAAGAAGUCCUCAGAGAAGAUCGAAGUAGCCAGUGAGUCAACAGAAUCAGUUCCCUUGGUGUGCAAGUCAGCCAGUGCUCACAACCUGACCGCUGAUAAGAAACCAAUCCACCCAAGAACAUCCAUGCUGCAGAAAUCUCUAAGUGUUAUUGCUAGUGCCAAAGAGAAGACUCUUGGUCUAACAGGAAAAUCUCAAGCAGCAGAGGAUCCAACCAAGAAAGCUAAUCAAAAGAACAAAGAUACCAAGACUUCAGUUGAAGCUGAAGAAAAGGAGGGUUAUCCAAAGAUGAUUAUCAGUCAGUCAGUGGAGUACAAGCAGACAGCUGCCAAAACCGGGAUAAUGAAACAACAGAUAAGUGGAAGCCAGCCCUCCAUUUGCUCAGAACAAGCCAAGGGGAAAGACCUGUAUGACCUUUCUGAAGUGUGUCCUUGGGAAGUGGAGGACUUACCGACCCCCUCAGAAAAUAAGGUCCAGAAACAUGUGUCCAUUGCCCCCGAGCAGACCACUACAGUCCAUGGAGGCAGCAACAAGGUGACAAAGCCACAACAGCAGAAACAUAAAGGCACAGAGCAGUCACCCUCGGUGGCCAGACAUCCAAACCAGAAAGUUGUAGACAGAACAGACAUCUGUCCAUGGGAGGAGCGUGAUGAGGACCAUGGUCAGGCAACAUGGCCCAAACCUCCCUCCAAUAGUAAGCCUGCCAUGUCCCAACCCCAGGCAUCUGGAGAAGUCGCCACGGUUUCAAGAGCAGAGGUUUGUCCAUGGGAUUUUGAGGAAAUGCAAAGCAAGCCAAAGGACUCGGCUUGCUCCCCUGUUCAGAGCAGAGCUAAAAAGGGCACCACACCAACUGAGAUCAAAGGCAAAAUAAGCUCCUCAUCUAAUAAUGUCAAGGACAAGGGUACUACCCCUACAGAUGGCAAAGCAAAAACUCUGACAGAGUUCACUAAAUCAACAGGCAGCUCACUCCAGCCUCCCUCUAAAGCAGACAUUUGUCCAUGGGACUUUGAAACUGUUUCAAGUCCCAACUCUGACAAGAACCCUAGCUCUUCUCACGUUCCUAAAACAAAGGAGACCCAUGCUAUAAAGAAGGGGACUUCCCCUCUAAAACUAUUAGAGACAGAAAAAGAGAAUACAAAGUCUGCAGAUGAUGAAAAAGUGAAAUCAAAAGCAAAAGACAAGGUCACCACUAGCAAGACAAAAGAAAGACCAGUCAGCCAGUCUAAGUCAGCUGAGGUUUGCCCGUGGGAUGUUGAUAGUAGUCAGGAAAUUGUCUCAAUGGAUAAACAUAAAAGCCCAAAUGUUGCAAUAGCAAAAAGCAAGCAAGCUGAUGUAUCCCCUUGGGAUUUUGAAGAUGCAGCUACUAGUAAAGAAGCAAAUAGGAGCACCAGUUCAUCCGCAGGCAAACAGAAAAGUCAUAAUUCCAAAGGCAGAGUAACUAGCGAUGUCAAAAUGUCAGAUGUCUGCCCUUGGGACUUUGAUGGCCAAACAUCAACAAAAAAGGCAUGAUAAUUUACCUAAGCGAACCAUUAGAUAGUCCUCAUUAUAUGUGCUUUUUCUUUCAUAAAUACACCAUGGAAUAAAAACUUUAAUAGAAUUUAUGGUGAUUUGAAGAAGAAAAUCAACAAGCCGCACAAGAUGCCUUUCUCUUCAACAGUUUGUUUUGAGUUUUUUUGGAAAAAUAUAUAUAUAUAUAUACAUUUUUUUUUUUUUUAUACCAAAAAAUGCAACAACUCACCAGGCAUUCCAGAUUAUGAAGUAUUUGUCGAACCUUUAAAUAGUAAUGGUAGUUUACAAUUAUGCAACUCUUUAUGUGCAAUGCAAAAAGUAUGCCUAUACUCAUCACUUGCAUCCUUAUUAACAUUUGAACUCUCUUAAUAGCUGCAUCUGUAGCCUCUCCUUGACUCUGGCUUCCACAAAAGAUUGUUCAAGUUCCUGUUACAUAGGAUCUUUGUCUGGAACAUGCAUGAAGUGUCAUGGGGUCUGAUCUAUUUCCAUUUUUCUUUUGUUGUGUUUCAUACAUUAUGGUUUGGUUUGAGUAAAAAUAAAUACUUGCCAAAGAUAAAGGUAACAUCCAAUAAAUAUAAGAACUCAAACCUCAAGAGAAUAAUAGAGAUAUUUGUACAGUGUGCCGAAUUCAGAUGGCUGCUUGUUGGGAAAUUAGUCUGUAGCACUUUAGUAAAGAGUAUACUUAGAAGUACAUCAACAGAACAUAACUCCAUUCUUAUUUGCCCUUGUUUGUCUUUUGGCCUUGCUGGUUUUUGCCAGUGAGAUCAUAUGUGCGGAUCUGCCACACUCUUUUAGUUUUCCUAACUAUUAAAAAGAAGUUUGUGACGAGGAUGAGGGCAUGGCCGGGCCGUGAUAGAGCAUGACCGGCGCUGAGUCAGCUGAUCAGCGGGAGAGCGAGAUAAGGGGCAGCCAGAGACGCCGGUUCGGGAGAGAGAGAGAUGCACGCGGCCGCGCUGCAUGUGUUUGUUUAUGUUUGUUUUAUGUUGAGUUUCUCAUUAAACUUUAUGUUGACUGUUCAGCCGGUUCCCACCUCCUCCUUGCCCGUUCGUUACCUGUUACAGUGGUGCCAAAACCCGGGAGGGAGGAGGGAUGUGCUGUCACGGAGUCCUCAACGCUACCAUCCGCCAGGGGAGCAGCCGCAGCCGUCUGCCAUGGGACGGAGGGGUCGCUGUUGACCACCGAGAUUCAGAGGAACCGCGGCCAUCUGCCGAGAAGCGGAGGAGUGUUUCUGUCUGCCAGGGGCCAGAGGACUUGCUGCCAUCCACCAGGGGUGGAGGAGCGGUUGAGGACUGGGCGACAGAGCGUCUGUGAGCUGGCGAGCAAGUUCUUCUCUCUCUCUCUCUCCUCUCUCUCUCUCUCUCUGUGUGUGUCUCUGCUCACCAUUUCCCUCUCCCCACGCCUCCCCUCAUCUCUCAACCAGGUUCACAGGAGGCAGGGUGGACCAACAGCCGGAUGGGCAGCGUCUCCCCUCCAGAGAUGGGGGGUGGGGGGGUGGGGGGGGUUGGGGAGUUAGUCAGACCGGUGGUGCCCCAGCCUGAAUCGGGCAGGGGAGGAGUGUGACGAGGAUGAGGACAUGGUCGGGUACGGUAGGUGCUGAAUCAGCUGAUCAGCAGGAGAGCGAGAUAAGGGGCAGCCUGAGAUGCCGGUUCGUGAGAGAGAGAGAAACGCACACGGCCACGCUGCAUGUGUGUCUGUGUUUGUUUAUGUUUCUUUUAUGUUGAGUUUCUCAUUAAACUUUAUGUUGACUGUUCAGACGGUUCCCACCUCCUCCUUUCCCGUUCGUUACCUGUUACAAAGUUAAAAAAAUAUAAAAUAUCCAACGCUUCCAAAUUUUCUGAUAUUUUAUCCUGAAUGUGCCUAUUUAGUCCUGUACCAGUCUUAUUUGUUUUGGGAAAUGGUAUUUAUUUAUUUUUUUCUUUUCAUAACCCAUGUUACACAUACCCAGUGAAACACUUGAUGAUAAUCAACAUAUUAUUUUGGAAAAAGAAAUUAGAUUUAGUUUAUAUAUUAGCAAUUUUCAAAAUUUUAAUUGAUUUUUGAAUGGGGUAUGCUAAAAAACAAAAAAACAAACAAAAUCCACUAUUCAGUUCACGAGACCAUAGACUACAGUUUCUCUCGGCGUAGGGCACAUUCAUAAAGCGAGACUAAUUUUUGCCUAUAAUGUCUUUCCUUUUCUUGUAAAGAUUUGACAACUUCUGACAAAAUAUAACAUUAUAUCAAAUCUUAUGUAUUUCAUAUCAAAUUCUGACCCAAGCCUCAAAGUUUUUUCUUAAACUUGUACAGUACAGUACCUGAUACCCAUUAGCAUUUUAUGAUGAUUAGGUGAGACAGGAAGUGUUGUAACACAUUUUGUUUCAACGUCAGUUACAUUGUGCUGUGUCUAAAACUUUGACAUAUUCUCUUAUUUAUCUCGUACUUAUUUAUCUGGUCUUAGGAUGGACUAAACAGCGAAUAAACUGCUAUCAACUGCAAUCCAAUCAAAGAGCGGUUAACACUUCUCUGACCUCAGCUUGCAUCACUUUUCUUCAAAUGGAAUACAUAGACGAAAAUUAUUGCCAAUUAAAGCUAUUAUCAGCCAAAUAACAAAUUACACUGCAUCCAUGUGCACCUCUGCAGUCAAUUCAGGAUGGACUUCAAAUACAUUUAAUCAUUAAUAUUACAAUUCAAUCAAUAUCCUUUAGUUUUAUACAUUGCCCCCCAAAAAUAUUUACAUUAAGUUUGUAUACGUUUACUUUAGUUAACACAAUAGUUAACAUGAAAUACCAUUUUUUACAGAAUUUUUACUUUACUGUAAUUUUGGCCAAAUUUAUUAAAAUUACACCGACCACUGGGUGGCGCAAGUAAAUAACCCAGUUUGCUUGACUUUUGGCAUAGUUUAUUUAUGAACUGAAUUCCUGAGAUCUGAAUUUGAGAUUUGUAUGUGUACUUCUGAAUUUCUACUUGAUCUGAAAAUUUGAACCUAUAAUUCUGUCAUCUGAAUUUUUACAGCUAAUUCCACCUCUAAAACAUUUAAACAAAAAAUCUGCUGUUUAAAAAUAUAAAAUACUAAAAUGCAAAAAUCUUUUUCAAUUUUGUUAAAUGUCACGUCUAAUACUUUAGACAAUCUCAUAGCUCCAUACAUUUUGGGGUGGGUUGUAACACUAACAGAAAACUUCUAUUCUAUUCUAUCUAUUUAGACAUUUUAAAUGUCUAUUUAUGCAUGAAUUUAUGGUGAUAAUCAAAUGUACUUGUUCAGAAUAAUAUUUUUUUAACAUGUACAUUAAACACGUGUAGAUAUUAAAUUAUAUAUUAUAUAUUAAAUUAAACAAGACAAGCUGUUGUUUCAGAUGAUACCAGUUCUGCUAUUUAACAUUUGUUAACAUGAUCGCAAAUCCAGGCCUAUGAACCAGGUGAGAAAUUCUUCUUUCUUACCUCAAAAUUGUUCUCACAUAAAAAAUAAAUUAAUAAAUUUGUUAAUAUUUGUAUACAAACACAACUUCUACUGUCUUCUCAAAGGGUGGUGGUCUUGUAAAAUGAUUUCACUCCUUUAGCUAAUUUCUAAUUCGUUAAAAUACAUCACAUCAUUGUUACAACACUUCCCGGUCACACUCCCUUCUACACUGAUUAAUUUAUUAAUAAAAACCUGGACUUCUCUCUUUGGAUAUUAUAGAGAAUUCUUCUAUUUCUUAGAAGAACACCUUCUGAAACAUGCCCAGUGACUACAGAUGUGAAUUCAACAAUGUAUCUAAAUUACUGUUGGAAUGUUGACAUAUCUUGAAUGCCUUCUCAACACAUGGUCAUUGGUAAUUUGUAAUGAUGUCAAGGUUAUAUAAUGUGUCUCAUAAGGCAUGAAUGGUUGCACAGUAUGAUGCCUAGUAAUAUGACAAGUGAACUGUUUGUUUAAAUGUUGCGUUGUAGUAUUCCAACUGCAAACUCUAUUUUGACCCAAUUUUACUAAAUGGUUUUUAAAUGUAAUGACAGAUAUUCUUGUGUCCUGUAAUGCAGUGUGUGCACACUAUGAUUUAGCAAGAAUACAGAAGAAACAAUUAUACAUUGUAUAUACGUUACAUGUACCAAAGAGGUAAACAAAUUACCUAAAUACCUGUGUCAUUCUUGACACUAAAAUGAUGUCACACUCCAAUCUCUCCACAGUAGGGUUAAUCUACAAGCUUAUCAUUUAAAACUCGUAUUAAUGCUGCCUUCAAGUACUCCUGGAAAGUUUGUAUACUUAUAUGUUUAGGAGUUGUAAUUACGAUGUGCAUUCAAGUAAUUUUGGUUGGGGGGAAAAAAAUUAUGUGUUUUUGAUGAAAUUGAUGCAUUUUCAUAUUUCGUUCUCUCUUUUCACUUACUGAAAAAAGCAAUUCUUCUUCAACAGUACACAAAAUGUAUAUGAACUAAACUGUACAUUCAGCAUGAUAAAGUUAAAUUAAAAACUUAAUUAUGACCAAAAAUAAUUUGCUUCCAUAAGUUAUUCUUUAACUGAAAUGUCUCUAACUUAGAGGGAAUAUCCAGUGUUUCCCAGUGAAUUAUGACAUUGUAUUGAUUACUUGACUGAUUUUUUCAUGGAAAAAGGCAUUACAUUACUAAAUACUUACAGUUUAAAGUUAAUCUCUAAAACACUUUUUUGUUUGUUUGUUUGUGUUUUUGUGUGUGCUCAACAAAUUCAACAUAAUGUCAAUAUUUAAAUUUACUCCUUGUUCAUUGUCGCAAUAAAGUGAAUAUCUGCAGACGUACAUAUUAACACAAUUCAUGUUUUACAUUUAUUAUUCUUUAUAAGUAAUAUUUUUAUAUAUAUAUUUGUAUUCCACGUAAUGCACAAAGUAAUUAAUUUAACUGAAAGUCAGUAAUUGUAAUCCGAUUACAAAAAUUCUAAAUUCAAUGUGUUACACUACUUUCUGACAAAUUUGAUUACAAUAACAAAUUACUUUGUAAUCAUAUUACACCCAACACUGGUUCUCAGCUUGUAAAUAUGAUCAUUCCAUGACUUGAAGGCAGCAUUAAACCAUAGUAAUGUAUUGACAACAAUGCCAUUGUCAAGAAAGAAUCAUUACCUCCCCUGAUUUAUGAUAAUGGGUCUGAUUGUCCUUCUUAAAAUUUACAGCAGAACCCAGAAUUUCUGUUAUCCUCAUCUGGAGAUGUGCUCAUGGAUUUAUACUGUAAAUAUACUAAAGGGACCUUUCACCAACCUAGUUCUACUGCCCCUUAACUGUCCAGUCAUCCCAUACCCUGCUAAGAACAGAAUCUGUUCUUAAUGUAUGCCUAGAUGGACGUGUAAAAUGUACCAACUUUGUUCCAUAGACAAUGCUUCUGGGAAUGGUUGUUGUAUCGUAGUGCAUCCCUCUAGUUUACAAAUUUUACCCAUCUGCAACUACUCGGUUGAUCUGUAUGUAGUAUGAUGUAUGCAUCCGACUCAUGACCUGUUAAAGUUGAAUGGUAACCUUGCCUAUUACAUUGUCUUGGUGCAAUGUUUAGUUCAGUUUGUGGAGUUUACCGAAGUGUGUUUUUAUCUAUUUCUGAAGUUAUUUUAGUUAUUUAGCUUGUUCACUUGGGCCCCACACGUGUCCCACCAUCGUCACGUAUCAGGGGACACUCCUACUACUUAACGCUGUAUUGUCUUAGCUCUUACUCUCAUUGCUUCUGCAUGAUGAUGAGAAAUUAGUAAGACUGAUGUUUCACUGCCCUUGAUAGAACUUAAAAAAAACAAUCUUUGAUCUUUAUUGGACUGUUACAAGUUGUAUAGUGAGUGAAACUGUACCCUACCCACUGUGUUAUGUGCUUGUUAUAUUACAUGCUCUAUGACAAGCUUAUAGCAUACACAUACGGAAAUAUUUGGUAGAUUUAUAUUGUGUAACAUUGUGAUAGCAUGUACAUAAAAAAUACCUCCUCUGCAAUAAAGCUUUCUAUAAAAAGCAGUUUUGUGAUUGAAUAAAAUUGAAUUGUAUAAGAAAAAGCAGCUACACAUUAAUUUAGAACAGUGGUUCCCAACCUGGGGUCCGGAAGAUAGUGCUCCCUCUCUUUCGCACACAUGCGUGACCAAACAGUGCGCGGGGAGAAAGAGAGAUAAGAUAUGAUACAUAAGCCCUGCUUUAGUUACUGAAACUGUCGGCAUCUGUUUUGCCACAAAGGACGGAGAAGCAAUCGCACUGAGUAAAUUACCUUUUGGUGUAAGCAAUUAUUAUAUUCACAUUUGUCAACCAUUAUGUAUAUACAGUAUAUAUCAGUGGCAUGCAGUCAGCCCCUUCAAACCCUUCGGAGAAGGGGUGACAUAAAUGGAGAUGGAAAAAUUAUUUAAAUUAUGAAACAUUCUUUCCCCAUUUUUAUUUAUUAUUUUUUAUUUUUAUGUAUAUGCAUUUAAUAAAUCAAUUAAAAUACAGA